AAAUGAUUUUCAGCCUGUCAAAACAGAACCUGGGAGCACUUCAUCUGCCUUGUUAAAUCAGCAAGCACAAAAGCGUGUCAAUUCACCGAGGUAAAUUUCAUCCCCACACCAAUCUGUCAUCUGAAUCACUCCACUUAGGUUGCCCCGAAGAAAAGGACCAUGGAAACUCGUUUUACCCCAACUCAUGCCCUACCUUCUAGAAACUCAGUUGGAUAUGCAAUUUUUUUCCUUCUACAUUGGUUAUUUUCUACUAUACCCAGAUUGCUGCAAUCUACUUCAAGCAAACGAUUAAAGGAUGAAUCUCUACAUGGAUCACAAAGUCUAUCGUCUUCUAGGCAACAGAAAAGUGGGCAUUCUGCUGUUUCAUGAAAAAGUCGUUGGAAUUGGAAGCUUUUGGAGUGAGGUUUUUUGAGAGCCCUAAUUUAAGCAUCUCAUAAAGGCAGCUGCUCGUGCCACCUAGCAGCAUUACAGUCAGCAAAUGUGAGGUGAAGAGCCUUCUCCAAUGGAAAUAUGGGCUAUCAUUUUUUUUUUUUCAUGUUGCAUUGUUGCCUUAUUUCCUGCCCACUGGUUUAGUUGACGUCCAGGCAGAGCUUGCCCUUUUGACCCUUGUACAGCAUCACCUCUAGCUUACACAUAAGUCUGACUGCCCGCAUUCGAAGAACCCAUGCUGAUGAUAAAUUCUACGUACAUAGGAAUAUGGCAAGAAAAGAAUCCCUUGUCCCUGCUAAUGGACACGCAGGAGCUUGUACCAGGGGAAUUUUACUGGAGUCUUAUGCCUGGACUGGUUCCCGUUUAAAAAAUAAAAUAAAAUUUAUAUA